UCUGCUCUCCUGCACAGAGACGCAGCGUGUAAUUUAAAACCAAGCACAAGCUUGGGGGCUGCACUGAACCUCUCUCACACACACACAUAUGCUCGUGCACAUACACACACAUACAGUCAGACCGAACGGCACGCUAAGUUCAGGCAUCCAGCGCUGCAAAAAGCUCAUGACAGGACAAAAAGCUCAGCCAACAGGACAUAUCCACAUUGGAUGAGAUUUCGGAUGCAUUCCCCUGUGUACAGGGACUGUAGCGGUGCCUCCACACUCUGAUUAAACAAGCUCUCGGUUUAUUGAGAUUGUGCUGAGACUCCACUUGACUGGUUAACCCAGCUGCUGCUUUUUGCCAUGCGGCUGCUUUGCGGUCUGCUGUUGCUGUGCCUGGUAGUCUGGGCAGCCGAGGCACGAAAGGGUGGAAGGGCGCGUCGAGUACGGAGUCGAGACCAUACCACCAAGCGAUUUGCUGCAGACUGCAAGGAAACUUUAGUCAAUGGGGAAAAGUACUUUGACUGCCAAGAGCGUCACUUGACAGCUGUACUACUGGGCUGGCCUGAGGAUAUUCACCACCUCCUGCUGGCACGCAAUAGGAUUCAGGUGCUGCGAGACAAUACCUUCAGUCACUUCCGAAACCUAAAAAGCCUGGAUCUGCAGCAGAAUGAAAUCUCCCGCAUUGACGAGGGAGCAUUUGAUGGCCUGAGCAAACUCACCACUUUAUUGCUGCAACACAACCGUCUGCAGGUGGCGAGCGAAGGCAUGCUGAUCCCAAUGCCACAGCUCAAGUACUUGCGGCUCCAUGAUAAUCCCUGGAGGUGUGACUGCCAGCUGGACAGCCUGGUCAGAUUCAUUCAAGUGCCCAGUAAUCGUAACAUCGGCAAUUACGCACGGUGUGCAGAGCCCAGGGAAUUCUCAGGGAGGCAACUGAAGAAGCUGGAUGCAGAGAUGCUUUGCUCCCCUGAGCAGGAGAAAGAAGCAAUCCUGGAUCCAGAGAACCAGCAACUACCGGCUCCCCAAAAAAAGUCUGACGCAACCUCUUUAUGCCACACCUACAUGCACCCUGUACCCCGCAUGGACUGCAGGAACAGAGAUCUUAAAACUGUGCCGGCUGACAUCCCGCUGGAUAUUGUGAAAUUGGAUUUAUCCAGAAACAACAUUAAGCAACUGAGACAGAGGGAGUUUGUCAACGUUAAAGAACUUAAGCUCUUGAACCUGAGUGGAAACAGUCUGGAAAGCAUCGACACAGCUGCCUUCACAGGCCUGCUGUACUUGGGAGAACUGGAUCUGUCCAACAACAGCUUGCAAUAUUUUCAAUAUGGCGUUUUGGAGGACCUGUACUUCCUGAGGCGGCUUUCUUUAGGGGACAAUCCCUGGAUUUGUGAUUACAACAUCCAUUACUUGAUCUACUGGCUGAAACAUCACCCUGGUGUAUCCCACACAGGUCUAGUGUGCAGUGAACCAGAAGAGUUUCGUGGUUGGCCGGUAGAAAACUAUGUGAAGACAUACAACGCAGAGUGUCCUAAAGACAAGCAGCUGGGCCACCUUCCUGACACUGACUCGGCAGGCAACACACCUCUUGAGCUCACUGCUGAGAUAGACGAAGAGGAGGUUACAGACUUGGGGCCCAGACCUUACAGAGGGCACAAGAAAUUUGAAAUCAUCCGUCUGAAUUAAACUGUGAUGCUGCUGAGAUUUUUUUUUUCUUUUUUUUUUCAAUAAUGUUGUGAACAAAUGGUUUUCCCAGCAAAAUUCACACUACAGGAGAUGUCAAACUUUAACAUGUUGUCACGAUUUCAGGUUCUUUCAGAAUCAGAACAGCUGAAGUUUACGUGUUGUGUUUUUAUGCUAUUUUUUCAAUUGAAUCAUGAUUAAUAAAAGUACAUAUUGAUUUUUUUUA